AUGACUGUACCCGAGGCCUCUUUUUCGGCGCCGGCCAAAACCGUCACAUUCAAUGGCCUGACAGCUGAUGUUGGCAGUGGUACUAUCAUCGACUCAACGGAUGCAAUAGUCAAGCACUGGCACAAGAUUGGAAAAGAGAUAGGCGUCGAUCCUAAUGUAAUCCUCGCCACAUCGCAUGGACGAAGGUCGAUCGAUGUCCUUAAAAUCUACGAACCGAAGCUCGCAAAUAUGGAGUAUGUCAACCAUGUCGAGGGCUUAAUACCAAAGGAGUUUGGACAAGACGCAGUUGAAAUACCCGGCUCGCGAGCCUUGUUGGACAGGCUCGAAGAAGACCUCGUUCCAUGGUCUAUCGUCACCUCGGGCACGCGGCCGCUUGUGCAAGGCUGGCUUGAUGUCAUGAAGUUGGCGCAUCCCAAGAAUCUCGUAACGGCGGAAGAUGUACUCAACGGCAAGCCAGACCCCGCGUGCUAUCAGAUGGGCGCAAAGAAGCUGGGACUCCAAGAAAAGGAACCUUCCAUCGUUGUCUUUGAAGAUGCGCCCGCAGGCGUUAGGUCUGGCAAGGCAGCAGGGUUCGUAGUGGUGGGACUCUACACAACCCAUACACUAGAACAGCUGAUAGAAGCGGGCGCAGAUUACAUUGUCAGGGACAUGCGCAGUGUCACCCUGAAAUCCUGGGUACAGACGACUGGGCAAGGAGCCAUACAGAUAGAAAAUGCCUUGGUUUAG